AUGCGCCGAACAUUUCUAAGGACUCCACAGGCAUGCGAUGCAUGUCGCCGUCGCAAGUCCAAGUGUGACGGCAUCCGCCCUCGUUGCAAGCGAUGCGCUUCUAGGGGCACUGCAUGCGUCUGGUCCACUCCAGAUACUUCUCAGGAGCCCCGAGCAGCACCCCAGACGCCUUGUUCCGUCGUCCAAGAGCCUCAAGACGUCAUCCCAGAGCCCAGGGUAACUGCCCAGACGCCUCAGACAGUCGCGCGAGUGCCCGUCGUCGACGCAGAGCCUCUCGAUAUCACCUCCGACGGCCUCAAAGCGUGCCUAGGCCUCUUCUUUGAUCGCCACUUUGCCAACGACUUUUGCUCUUUUGAUCACCGACCGGACUUUGAGCAGAAAUGCAUGCAGAAUCCUCUUCUUUCAGUCACUGUUGUCGCUCUCUGCGGUCGUUACCUCGAAUCUCAGGAUGCACUCUCCCUGUUCCAGCUUCCGACCGGCGCUGCCGUCUCCAAGCACUAUCUUCAACAAGCCCGAUUCCUGGCAAAGAUGUCAUCGGAUCAGCCGACCGUCUCCAACAUCCAGGGCAACCUCUUGCUUGCCCAAGCCGAACUCCUCUCCAAUUCUGGAUCCCGUCAUUGGCUCUUUGCUGGAACAGCUAUCAGGAUGGCUGAAAUCAUGCGCCUCAACAAGGACUUCCACAAGAAGCACAGCCUCAAGGAGCAGGAAGUCCGCCGACGCACGCUCUGGGCUUGUCUCAUCUUCGACAGAGCGUUAUCAUAUUUCCUCGCCAAACAUCGCACCAUUGACCUCGAGAAUGUCGGGAUACCCGUUCCCAGCAAUGAUGCAUCGCUGGUCUAUCAUGAGGAGACCAGGGGCGUCACUCUUGGUGAUCUUGCAUCCUACCGCCGUCCAUCCGACUUGGGUUUGAGUCCGUACCUUAUCAAGACGGUUUGUCUUUGGAGCGAUAUGGCCGACUUUGCUGUGUAUUCGCGGAGAAACCUGGACAAGUUUGCACCCACGGAUCCCCGAAGCAUCCUCGCCGUUCGGUACCAUGCGCUUCAGACCUGGGUCGAGUCACUACAUCCUAGCCUCUGCUGGAGCACCGCGAAUUUCCAUGAUCAGUGUACUCUUGGUGCGGGAACAACCUUUGUUGCCAUGCAUUUUUUGCUUCACAGCGCUGCCUGUGUUGCCCAUCAAUGUUAUCUGCCUCAUCUAGCCAUGUACACCCAGCUUUGUGACCUCGUCGACGGCGCCGGAUGGUCCUACCUCCACAGGGAGCAGUCACUUCUGGACAUUUGCGUCUCGAAUGCCCUGAAAAUCGGGGAAAUGCUUUCUUAUCUAGCGGACCAAGAACAAGGAGGCACGUUUGGCCGUUCUUCGCUACAGACCAUCUGGGUUGCGUCCUCACUGCUUGUUGCCGCCAACACGUUUCUCUGGCUUGAAUACGCCCAGGAUGAAUCCUAUUCAGGUGAAGACAUCCAGCAGAAAGCCAAGACCUACUUCCAACUAGCCGAGCAUCUCAUAUCCUCGUGGGUAUCCGAGUGGAAGGCCGCCAAGCAAUGGCUGAUAGCCCUCAACGUGAUGAAGACCCUGUAUAAGGCUGGCUACCGGGGUGAGAUUCACGAAGACAUGCUCAGCCCGGGAUCGCCCCAUUCUGAUGAUGAUUCCGCCGAUGACUUCCGACCCCAGCCUGGAGAUGGGUAUCCUUCACUCAUCUCCCUGCCACAUCUACAGGCUUCCAUAAAGUUUGCCACGGGCGACACUUCGGCUAAGCUAAUUGACAUGCAAUCGAUCUGGCUGCAACUCUCUAAUGGAUGGCCUUAUGGGUUUAGUGCGCCAGCGUGUUUAUUGACAUCAGCUGGUGGGACUGGUGAAGCACAGGUUAGCUACGAAAUACUAGAUAACUAG